ACGCACGCACGCACACCACCGCCAACGACAACGACGACAGCAGCACCAGAGCGGCCCUCUUGUAGCUUGCUUCCCCUUGCUCCUCACACACGACGUCCCCGCCCACCACUUUCACUCCACCUAGCCCGCUCCGCGCACUCCCCCACCGAGGACGCAGCAGCGACCAUGUCAGGCUGGGGGCUGGGCUGGUUCGGCGGCGGCGCGGCCAAGAAGAAGGAUUCGGCCAAGAACGCCAUCCUGCAGCUGCGCGCCCAGCUGGAGAUGCUGUCGAAGCGCGAGAAGCACCUGCAGCAUCAGAUGGAUGAGCAGGACGCCAUCGCCCGCAAGAACGUCAGCGCCAAUAAAAACGUGGCAAAGGCGGCGCUCCGGCGCAAGAAGCAGUUUGAGCACUCGCUCGAGCAGACGUCGUCCCAGAUCAUGACUCUGGAGCGCGAGAUCUACAGCAUCGAGACGGCCAACAUCAACAAGGAGACGCUGGACGCCAUGAAGAAUGCCGGCGCCGCCAUGAAGCAGAUCCAUGCCGGCUUGACCAUCGACAAGGUCGACCAGACUAUGGAAGAACUGCGCGACCAGCACGCCAUCGGCGAGGAAAUCUCAGAAGCCAUCGGCCAGCCCAUGGGCAACCAGGCACUGGACGAGGACGAGCUGGACGAGGAGCUGGCCGAGCUGCAGCAGGAGGAGCUCGACAACAAGAUGCUCGAGACGGGCAACGUGCCCGUCUCGGACAAGGUGCAUCGGUUACCGGCCGCUGCGCAGGGCGAGCUCAGGGGCAAGGCGCCCGCGAAAGCAGACGAAGAAGAGGACGAGGAGGAGGAGCUGCGGAAGCUGCAGGCCGAGAUGGCCAUGUAAUGUGGCUGAUGUGGUUGGUGUGGGUGGGCGGGUAGGUUUAGUA